AUGGAGAUGGAGAGGGAACAGUGUGUGAUACAAUCUGAAAAUGAGAGACUUCAAAUGGAUGAAGACAGGGGAAAAUAUCUCAUAAAGUCUGACAGGGAAAAAGAGCACAAGAUUUUAUCUGACAAGGAAAGACACCACCUUGACUCAGAAAAUGAAGCACAAUGGCUUGGUGCUCGCAGAAAAGAUAAUCGUCCUCAGGGUUUUUGGAGGCCUAUUUUCCUGUCACCUCCACAUGGCCAAGAAAAAGAAACUGAAGAACAACACUCUGUGCAACAAAUUGAUAACAGAGUGUCCAGAAUUCAACUUGUGAGAUACCUGAGUGAUGACAAGAUUGUGAGAUUCAAAGAGGUAUCUCCAACUCUCAGUGACAAGCAAGACUCACAGCAAAAGUUAAAGGAAAAGCACAGCCCCAACCUUUUUCCAGAUACAAACACUUUCAUGGAUAACAAGCAUAACAGAAAUGCCAGCCACAACAUUUAUGUCUGUAAGAGUCAUUAUACAGACUAUAGAUACCAACAGAGGUUUCAGAGUUCCGGGUCUCAAAUGAAUCCUAUUCAUCUCCUAAGUGCUGAGGAUUACACCUCUCAAGUUUUAGCGCCUAUCUGCCACUCCACAUCCAUGAGCCCUUUCUGUGUUGUACGCCCUAAGACUCAAAUAAACAACACACACACUUUGGACACUGGAGCUCAAGUAUGUUCCAAAUGUUUUGUAGAAAUCAAUAAUUCUUCUUUUCAUAAGUGUCUUGUGAAUUCUGAUGAUGAUUCAGAACCCUACUGUCCUUUACAUCUCCAAAUUCCCUUGGAUUCUAAAUAUUCUCUGAGCCCCAAAUCUAUUAGACACCACAAGACUUCUCGGAACAGCCCUUUAGCUCGAUCCUUGGAUCCUAAGCAUUCUUUGGGUGUCCACUGCCCUCUACACUGGGAGGAUUCUAAAUAUUCCUUGGGUUCAACUUUUUAUUUACACUGUGAAAGUUACUCAGCUCUCCAAAUUCUCAUAGGGUCUACUGUUACUCAUACCUUUCCCAUGAAUCCUCAAAAUAACAUUGGCCACCAUAAUACCCCUGGCCCAGACAAUGUCAUCAAAGCCAGCAGCAUUGCUUGUCUUGAAAGCAAGAGCAAGUUUAAACAUACUGCCAAAUUUGAAAAUGAGGUCAAUCCUGACAAUGAGACUAAACUGGUCAGUACUGGCAAUCUCAAAGAUAAGGCCAAUGCCAAAGGCAAACCUCUUCUCAAAGAUGAGACAGACUCUGAAGAUGAGAAAGAUCCUGAAGAUGAAACAGACCCUGAAGAUGAAAACAACACCAAAGAUAAGAAAGAUCCCAAAGAUAAGCCUGACCCUGAUGACACUGAUCCAAAAGAUAGCAAUGCUGAAAAUGAUGCAGACACAAGGAAUGGGUCUGAUCCCAGUGGUGAUUCUGACCCUACAAGUGGAGCUGAUGCUAACAGUGAUGGUAACUCUAACAAUGGAACUGACUCCAGCAGUGAACCUGACUCUAACAUUGACAAUGCUACUAACAAUGAUGCUAACUCCAAAUAUAACACUGAUUCUGAGGAGGAGAAGCACACCAACAACUCAGGAAGUUUCUCUGGCUUAGACAUUGAUGAUCAGGUCUGUACUGCUGACUCCAACAUUGGCACUAAUCCCAACUACACCUCUAGUCUCCAAGAUGGAUCUGGCCUGGACUACACUUCUGGUUCCAGCAAUGGUGCUGACCUCAGCACUGGUUCAAGCAGUAACAUUGGCCUCAACAAUGGACCUGGCCCUAACAUCAAUGGACCUGACCUCCAAAAUAAUGGCCCUGGACCCCAAUAUAUCAGACCAGGUCCCUUAAGCCCUGGACCCAGCAACAAUGGCUCUAGCCCCGACAUCACAGGCCCUGGCCCUAACAAUAGCCCUGUCCCAAACAACAAUAACCCUGGCCCCAACAAUAAUAACCCUGACCUUGAAAAAGACCCUGAUUCUAACUAUAAUUCCAGGCUUAGUAAUGCUACUAGUCACAAUAGUGCUUUCAGUCCUAACAAGGAUGCUGAUUCCAUCUAUGAAACAAAACCCAUCAGUUCUGCUGGCCACAACUAUGCAGUUAUUUUGAACUGUAACUCAAACCUUGAAUGUGUCCCAGGAUUUAUCCAUGCAGUAGGUUCUAACUUUGUAGUCAACCCCAGCUAUAUUGCCAGAAAUAUCUAUGCUGCCAGUCCCAGCUCUACAGCUAGCACUGUCAAUGUCACUGGCACCAGCAACACUAGUUGUACUGCUGCUAGUAGCCCUACUUAUACUCCUGGAACCAGCUGUGCCUCAGACAAUAAACAUGACCCCAGAUUUAUUCAUGUCAUUGGCUCAAGCUUUGUCAUCAACACAAAUUAUGAUGCCAUAAAUACUCAUAAUGUUCAUAAUUUGACUAGUACCAGCAAUGCUAAUAAUCUUUCUGAGACUGAAUUGGAAAUAAAUUUCAGUUCCUCUAUUCCUAACAGUGUUUAUAGUAACUCCCCAAUUUUUGUUGCUGACACUAACUAUAUUUCCACUCCUGAAAAUUUGACCACCUCUAAAUUUUCUGAUCCAUCUAAGCUUGAUAGAAAUUAUACAGUUUUUGCUGAUCACAAGUUUGGUGCCUACUUCAAAGACUAUACUGGUUCCAUGGACUCUGCCAGCUUUAAGCAUGUCACUGAGUCCAAGGAUGCCCUUGAUGCCAGGGAAUCUGGCUUUUUAAAAGAUUUCUCAGAGGUUCAGAAUCCCAUUGGUAUCAAGAAUCCUGGCAGAUUAAACUUUUGCUCCAAUUCAAAUAUUUCACUCCCUAGUUUUGAUAUUAUAGUAGAAGCUGAACCACUAGAUGUUGUGAAGUUUGCCAUACCAUCAGGUGCUGUGAAUCCAUUUUUUAAGUCACUUGACAAGGACAGUGGUGCUUUGAGAGCUGAGGAGGUAAAUUUGAGAGGAGCUAUGCAGGGAACAACUAAAAGGUCUUCUGAUGGACCUGCCUAG